AUGUCCCUGGCCCACCGCCCUUUCCUGGCCAACGCACACGACCUUUCGUUGAUUGCUAUAGAAGAAGAGCCUGAAGAUCUGCCGUUCACUCCCGCCUCGGGCUGUUUCGAACUGAGCAACGAUGGGUGCGUCAACAAUAUCACGGAUGUUGCAGAUAUCCUCGAUGAGUUGGAAAGCUUGGCUCUUGCGACGAGGGAACUACCUGUUCCUAAAUCUGUGUCGAUGUCUCUGGCAGAAUGGGGACGUGCCUUAAACAUCCGCGUCAUAGUAGCUCCAGGCAAUGGCGGCAAUAGCAACAGGAAUGCCAUCGUUCUCAGUGCUACGGACGUGUCUGGCGACACGUCACUGCAUUCUAUGCCUUCGGAAGACCUCUUUGAAGAUCCUAGUUGUUAUCACAGUGGCGGUUCGGGGCGUUCAUCGUCUGAGUCCGCUAUCAGUGAAACUACCCAAUCCUCUCAGUUUGAAACAUUGCCAUACAUGUCAGAAGACGCCUCGCGUUCAUUUCCGUCUUUCGCCCUUCCCCCUUCACUGUGUAGUAUUCCCGAGUUGGUCAACGUUCAGCGCCACCGAAAGCUUGUCCAGACUCUAGGAUUGGAGGCUCCAGGAAAAGUCUCUCUAGCUUCUCAUUCGCCUUCUCGUCUUGCCUCUUGCCGAGCAUCGUCUACACCCCGGACUCACCGGGGUGGAGUGUCCCCUCGCUUUCCUAGUGCUCAUGUAUGUCACACAGAGGCCCUGCCGACACCUGAAGUGCCCAAGCCAUCAUCUGCGCGACCUUCAAAGAUUUCCCAAGCUCUGGGCCUAGUAAGGCUCUUUGACAUUCAGCUCCCUAGGCGGCGGCACAACGGUACCCCUAUUCCUGCUCCUACUGGGCUUUUCUCGUGCACGCCGGCGACCCUGAACAAGAUGACAUCUCUGUAAUGAAGAUGUGGAUAUUCGAACGAUCGAACUCGAUACGUUCUCUUCGACGUCGUGGAUCCGUUUUGGCAGCAGUGUAUUUGUUCCGACAUACAACACUAUGUUUUUCUAUCUUUGUGCUCUAUAUGUCACUCAUUACCCCUCUUGUCCUCCUUGCUGCUCUUCCUUCUUUGUCAAUGUUCUCCGACUUCGUUUUAAUGCUCGAUUCGAUUGGCUGAAGAUAUCU